AUGUCGCCAACAAAAAACACCGCUUUAUACAUGGACGAGGACUGCAAGCUGUCCGUGAAGCGCAACUUUCCCGUCCCUCAACCGGAACAGAAUGAAGCCCUCGUCGAGGUCCUGUUUUCUGGCGUCAACCCCGCCGACAUCAAGCAUGGCACACAGCUGGGCAUCCGUCCGGUAGUGAUGGGGUACGAAUUUAGCGGCCGUAUUAUAUCUGCUCCAGAUAACUCGGGCUUUCGCCCAGGAGACGCGGUCGCAGGCGGCACGCCCUCGGGCCUGGGACGUCCCGCGCGCUUCGGCACGCACCAAGAUUACCUGACCUGCCCCGCGGACUUGCUGUUCCACGUGCCCACGCACCUGGCCAUGGAGCACGCAGCCUGCCUAACCGUUGUGACCAGGACGGCCGCCGACGCUCUGUACAACCUUUUCGGGCUGCCGCUGCCGGGCGCGACAGGGCGGGACGGAUUGCCCCGCGGAUCCCUCCUCGUCUGGGGCGCCGGCAGCGCCCUCGGCUGCUGCGCGGUGCAGCUCGCGCGCGCAUCUGGCGUCACCGAUAUCCUCGUCACGGCCUCGCCCGCACGCCACGACAUGCUGCGCGGCCUUGGCGCCACCCGCUGCUUCGACUACCGCCGGUCCGACGUCGAGGCCGAGCUCACGGCCAGCGUGGCCGCCGGCGCGCACCCGCCCGUCCGCUGGGCACUGGACGCUGUGGGCGCCCCGGGGGUCGGCGAUGCGCCCGGAACGGCUCAGAGGCUGCGCGCGAGCGCCCCCGACGCCGUGCUGGUCUCGGCUACCGUCCAGGGGCCCGACUUCUUGAUGCCGCUGGCGUAUCGGGAUCACGACCUGGUCAUCCAUCCCGAGGGCGCCCCGGGCCCCGUCACGAUACCCGGCGACGCGGAAAAGUCGGCCUUGGCGGCAAGAGCUCUGGCCUGGGCGGUAGAGAACUAUAACAAGGGCUUUGUGCUUCCGUCGGUGGAUGUGUUCAGCGGCGCGAGCGAGGAUGCCCUUAAAGAAUUGGAGUCUUCGGCGGCUGGUGGCCGUUUCGGCAAGUUGGCGAUAAAGCACCCUCUGCAGUAA